AUGACAGCUAAUGCUACCACCAACCUGUCCCAGCUACUACCUCAAGAGCUUGUGGAUAAAUGUUAGAUAGGGUCAGGAACUCACACUUUGAUGAAGAGUGAUCAGGAAAUUGUUGGCGUGCUUCUAGGAUUGGAUCACUUUGUCAGUAGGGUACUAGAGGAUGUCACCGAGUUUGAAAUCACCCCAGAAGGAAGGAUUGCUAAAUUAGAUCAGAUUUUGCUAAAUAGAAAUAAUAUAACAAUGCUUGUUCCUGGAAGAGAAAGACCUAAAGUAUGA